AUGGUUCUAUUCAGUGGGCGGUUAUUUAUAUACAUUCUGACUUUCUUCUGUUGGAUAUCAAUCAUAUCUGACCAACUAUUGACCACGGCGACAAACUCCUCCUCCUCCUCAAUCACCGUAUUGGCUUCCUCUCGUGCUGUCAUCUCCGGCCAGUUGACCCCUGCUACGAUUGUAAUUUCUCGUGCGACUGGAAAGAUUACCGCCGUCUAUGAUUCCGUUCUCUCCGCUACCGACUUCCCCGAGGGGACCCCAUAUACCGACCAUUCCCCUUACGUCCUCCUCCCGGGGUUGAUCGACACUCAUGUUCACCUCAAUGAACCGGGCCGUACAGAAUGGGAGGGCUUUUACACGGGCACCCAAGCCGCUGCUUUUGGCGGGGUCACCACCGUCGUGGAUAUGCCUCUGAAUGCCAUCCCACCCACCACGACUGUUGCGAACCUGAAAGAAAAAGUCGCAGCAGCCCAGGGCAAACGCUGGGUAGACGUUGGCUUUUUUGGUGGUGUCAUCCCCGGCAAUUCUCAUGAACUUAAAGCCCUUGUCCAUGAAGGUGUCCGUGGCUUUAAAGGAUUCCUAAUAGAUAGCGGCAUUGAUGAAUUCCCCGCUGUCAAUACGGAAGAUAUCAAAAAGGCCAUGGCUGAAUUGGCCGACGAACCCACAACGCUCAUGUUCCACGCGGAAAAGGAACCUCACGAGCAACCCCUCCCACCAACCGGACCCGUGGACGACUAUUUGACUUACCUGGAAUCCCGCCCGUCAACCUACGAGACUAAUGCCAUUGCAGAGGUCUUGUCCCUGGCCCACCUGGCGCCCCAACUCGCCCUGCAUAUCGUCCAUCUUUCCGCCAUGGAGGCCAUUCCGAUAUUGCGCGAAGCCCGCGCACAAGGCGUGCCCAUCACUGCAGAGACUUGCUUCCAUUAUCUCUCCUUGGCCGCCGAACAGAUCCGCAACGGUGACACCCGCUACAAAUGUAGCCCGCCCAUCCGCUCCCAAGCGAACCAGGAUGCCCUGUGGGCCGAACUAGCGCGAUACCCCGACGACGGCGUGAUCCAGACCGUCGUCUCGGACCAUUCGCCCUGCACGCCGAAUCUCAAGCUCCUCCCGCCGCACAUCCCUCCCACCACGGAUGCUCCAUCCCACAACGGCAGCUUCCUCACAGCCUGGGGAGGUGUCUCUUCUGUCGGUAUGGGACUCCCGAUCCUGUGGACCGAAUUCAGCCGCAGGAAUAACCUGACCUUCGCGCCAGAGGGCGAGAAUACGAACCGUGCCCUCCAGGAUAUCGUCCGGCUCUGCUGCAUGAAUACCGCCGCCCAGGUGGGUUUGGAGAAGCAGAAGGGUGACCUGGCCGUCGGAAUGGACGCGGAUAUCUGCAUCUUCGACGACACCGCCGAGUGGGUUGUCGACCCAUCUACCAUGCUGUUCCGGAAUAAGAUCUCGCCGUAUCAAGGCCAGAAACUGAGGGGUGUUGUUCGGGAGACUUGGCUCCGGGGUGAGCGAAUAUUCACCCGUGCUGCUGGAUUCAGCGAUGACAGGCCGUCGGGCAAACUCCUGCUGGAGAAACGGGCUAAACGGACUUGA